GUCCGCGUUUUGCUGAGAGAUCUUUGUGCAGCAACUGUGCCAUGCGUUUCGAAACCACAGAAGUUCUGAAAUCCAAUGGAGAAAAUAACUGAGAAACUUCUGCUGGAGAAAGGCUCUCCAAAAACCACUGAACUGGAGGAGAUCAAGACACUGAAUCUGUCGAAGUUGGGGUUGAGGCUCCAGGACUUGCCGGUUAGACUGCUGUCCCGCCUGCGCUCCCUGCAGAGGUGCAAUCUGUCUGGAAACAAACUGCACGAAUUCCCCCGCAACCUGAAUCUUCCUGAGCUCCGAUACCUGGACCUCAGCGACAACCAGAUGGAGGAUGUUACCACACUGGGCUCUCUGAGCAGUCUGGAAGAGCUCAAGAUGGAGGAUAAUAUUUAUAUCGUGGUGAGUGAUAAUUACAAGCUGAUGGUUUUGUUGCCAAACCUGAGGAUUUACAACGGAAAAGAUAUCGGCACCACUGCAAACCACUUACGCUACGUCUACAGCGAGAACCUAAAGACCAGGAUAAUUGCAGUUUGGGAGAAGAGCUUCUCUCUCCCAGAGAAGGUGACUGCAGAGAACAUGGUCAUUUUAGAGAAAAAGUUUGUUAGCGCUGCACGCCAGCAGGUUAAGUAUGGACCCAACUCAGUCAGCGACUUCACCAAGUGGAGGGUGGAGAUUAUGGCGAAGGAAUACCUGCGCUCUCUGACAGGACAAAUGCAGGAAACGGGCAGCACAGGAUUCAUGGACAAGAACGAGAACGGUAAUGUCCCACUGUCAGCCAAGAGGAAGCCAACUGCAUCACCUGUAGAUGCUGGGGUAAGUCUAACGCCCCGCAAAAAACUGCGAGCAGAUCUUCCAGCAUCGCCAGCUGAUGAUGGCACCCAGAGGUCCAGCUGUCGAAGACUCACACCUCACAGGCAAACCCAGACAGUCAGUCCCAGGCUCAUCCCCCGCAAGACUGUUCAGUGCCCCUCCACCACAGCCAGAGGACAGUCAGCCGGAGCAAAGACACCCAGGAAAAGUUCUAAAGCUCAGAAGGAUCUAGAAGAUGAUGACAUUCUGAAAAAGGACAUCAGUUCUACAGAGCUGCACAGAGAUGGUGACGUGCUGCCCAGAAUAAAGAGCUACAACACCAUAAAGCCUGUGUGUCUGAAACCUCUCCACGUCCUGCAGUGCCACAGUAAGCAGGACAGCUGUGAGGACUUGUCCACACAGCUGUGGGCCUGUGCUUUCCAGACGCUGUCAGACCAGAGCAACGGUGGUGGUGGAGGAAACCAUUUGGUUGCUACCUGUGGUGGAGACUCUCUUUGUGUAAUCGACUGUGAAACUGGGAUGGUGAUGAAGAAGUACAAAAUUCCUGGAGAGGAGUUUUUCUCAUUGGCCUGGACCACGGUGUUGAUGUUCAGGGAAGGCGGAGCUUCAUCCCAACAAUGCAGCGUUCUGGCAGCUGGUGGGAAGAGAGGAAUUGUCAAACUGAUCCACCCAAGAAACAAUACGGCCUACGGAGAGUUCCGAGCCAGCCGCAAGGCCCUGGCUAUCCUCCGGUUCAGCCCCUGCCAGGGGAGCUUCCUUUUCACGGGUUCGUACGAUAACAAGAUUGUGAUGUGGGACAUUGGAGGAGUGGACAGCAAGUACAACUACAAAGUAAUUCAGCUGGUGGUGUUUGAGGCAACUGCCACCCCUCUGCAUCUCUGCUUCCCACCUUCCUCACCAAAAACUCACCUUCUGGCUGCCUGUGAGGACGGCCUGCAUUGUUACAACACGCAACCCGGAGCUAACCGCACCAUGAAGAGGUCUAAAGUGAUGGAAAUCACUUUUCCCCUUUAUGAGAAGGAAGAUAAAGACCACAACUACCACACUGUUGAUGGCUUGAGUUUUGUGACUGAUGACAUUGUGGCAUCCAAGAACUACACACAGCCUUCCAUUUAUUUGUGGAGCUGGAGCAGAACCAAAGCUCUGCGGCCCAACAAGAACCAAACCGUGUCCGCUGUGGUCCUGGCUGAGCUGCAGUGGGCCCGCACUGAAGUACCCUACUUGGCUCUCAACACGUGCCCCAGAUAUUCCUAUGUGGUGUGUGGAGAUGACAAAGGCAGACUGUGGACAUACCAAACUGGCAACCUCUUCCAGAAAGGCAGUUACCAGUCUGGGAAAACCAUUCAUCCCACUGAGGUCCUGGAGUGGCCAUCACCCAUAAGGAAGGACUUAAGUCAGGUGGAGGGGCCGUCCAUCAACUGUGUGGCCAUGGACCCUGAGCUCCACUACCUGGUGGCCCUGAGCGACAAGAAUAUGGUGAUCGUGUGGAAGAGAGUGGAGUCCUCCUGAGCGCUGUGAUCCGGUCCUCCUCCUGGACACUCUGAUCUGGUCCUCCUCCUAGACACAUGCUAUAAUGGCUUUGAGACUCUGCCAGCAUUUGUCAAAGUGACACUGAAAGUACGUUGGACAUUAUCAGUUUCAAAACUGAAGAGAAAAUGUUUUUAUGGGGUACAAUGUGUCUGAAUACAGAGUCCCUCACAGGUCCUAAUAGGGAUUUUAUGCAGUGUUUCCAAAUCCUGGUCCUUGGGAGUCAAAGCACUUCACAUUUUCCAUUUGUCACUAAACUAAUCAGAUCAGCUCAGUUAGCGGUUUAUUAACUAAACUCACCUGAGUGAGCUGAUCUACUCUGAUUAGUUCAGGGACAAAUAGAAACUGUCAAGUGCUUUGGGUCCCAAGGACCAGGGUUUGGAGCCACGGUGGUAGUGUGCACUAACUGGGGGUUUAACUGUUGGUUCUUCCACGUCAGUCCUCUGGCUGACUUGGACAAAGUCGGCCACUGCAAGAACAUGAACCUCUGUUUAGUUGUGCUGUUUGUAAAGAUAAAUAAGUGAAUGCAAAUGGAGAUCAUGUCUUUAUCUCCUGUUCAGAAGAACAACAGAGUGGUUUUACUCUGCAUAAACGACAGUCCUGAAUGAGGGCUUCAGCAGUCAGCUGACACACUGUGACUAAAUAAAAAACAUUUAGUCUACAGCUUUUGCAAACUCCUCUGGGUAUAACUGGUCGAUUAAAAUCUAUCUUUACCUCAAGAUGGUGAACACUAAAUCUUAAUUUAGUGUAAUUUUGUACUGAACAUUUCAGACAU